AUAUUGAUUUCAAAAUGGCGGCGUCGCGGCCUGUGAACGGUUUUACUUUCUGUGACUUUUCUUUGACUGGCCGUGUCUUGUUUACUGUGUAGCUGUGUGUAGUUCUUUCAGGUGUGUUCGUUCAGUGUAAGGAAAUUUCCAGCAAGGAUUUAAAUAACAAACACUAGUUAGAUAAACUUUAAACUUUAAUAAAAACUUGAAUAACAAUUGAGACCAAAGGGACGAAAGUCAAAAAAUGUGUUUGAUUCACAUGGCAAUGCGUCAGUGUUGAAGGCCACACGACAUCUAUAUUGAGACAUCUUAGCCAGGACCUGUAUCCCCAGGUGGGGGUCUGAACCCGUGGGGUCAAGAUGGCCAGUCCCAGGCUCCCCUACCCCGAGCUCAAGUCCAACAGGCUUGGUUUCCCAGACUCCUCCACUCCUGCCAUGAACAGCAGUCGUCUGGCGGAUGGAAUAGAACAUAAAAUCCUCGAGUUUGAUGUUGACAUCCUAGACGCCGUGUUCAACAAACCUGGACGGUACUUUGUCAAGAUGACCAUCCAAAGUUUGGCCACUAAAGAUUAUUCCAAGAUUUUAUUACGGAAGUGGCCGGAUGAGAGUUUUGUGCGAGACUACGAGGCCGUGACCAGCGUGGUCAACCAAAAGGGCUCAGAGAAUGAGCCAGAGCUGUGUGUGUUCGAGGACAAAAAAUUCACCUACCGUUUACCUGCAGGUUUCUGUAAACACGACCGGAACCAUGACGUCUACCUGUUGCUGGAAGCGUUCGAUCUGCCGGCAAACAGCCAGGACAUGGGCAAGAAGGUGGGGGAGGGCAAGGUGGCCAUUUACCCCCGGACCAACGCCCCCCGGACUAAUCACAACGUCAACCCGGGGGAGGACAUGUACAGACACACACAAGUUGUCGCCCUGCUCAGGACUACCAGCAAACAGGGAAAAGCCGAAAUGCAUUGCGGGAGGAUGAGGUGUAACUUCGCCCUCAAGGAGUACAACGAUGAGGCGGAGAGGAAGAAGAAAAAGGAGGAGGAAGAGAGGAAAAGAGAGGAGGAGGAGAGGAGAGAGGCGGCCAGGAGAGAAGAGGAGGAGAGAAAGAGGAGAGAGGAAGAGGACAGGAGGAGGAGGGAGAUAGAGGAGCACAGAGAGGCGGAGAGGAGGAGGGAGGAGGAAGAAGAGAAGGAGAGGAAGAGGUUGGAACAGGAGGCGAAACUUAAAGAAACAGAAAAUCCGUUUCAGAAGGAUGCCUUUCAGGCCCGUCCCAAGGUGGCCCGAACCCCGGGCCCUCACGACCGACCCACCCAGCCCGCAGCGGCGCCAUUCAGAGGUCACUCACCCGUCAGUGAGUGGGGCGACAACACGUCCAUCAACCUCCCCGUGACGCCAUCUCCCUCACCCCCAGCCCAGGAUCUCAGGAAAACCGGAGACUCGCCACUGCGAGACUACGACAAAACCACGUACAGCUCCAACCAAACAUGGCGGCACACGUCCAAACCAGGCCAUGACCAGAUUGACGUCAUCGUCCACGGUGCCAGCAACCUGCCGUCAGCGGCCGGGGGGAAAACUCCUCAGCCUUUCGUCACAGUCAAAACGCGCAAAGAUGUGGACAUGAAUCGCAAAGCACGGUCAAGGACCCACGCCGUGGCCCGGCCCACCAACAUCCCCUCGUGGGAGGAGUUGAUGACGCUGGAGCUGACGGACAAGGAGGCGGAGAAGGAAGUUAUGGUCAUCACGGUGGAUGACGCCAUCACCAAAGGUCAGCUCAUCAACUACAGCAUCCCCAUAGCAAACCUGCAGCCGUUUCACCCGUACCACAUCGAGAUGGUGAUGCCCGCCAAGGGGGGUCAAGAAGGCGUCAAGCUGUAUGCAUCCAUCAUGCGCAAGGCCAGUGCACUGCCCAAAGACCCGUCGUCACCAAACUAUCUGGCACUUGAGGUUUUCCUCAGGGGUGUGAAACUCCCGCUACAGAACCCCGUGGGUCCCCUCAUUGCUGUAGCCAGAAUUGUGCCCGACUACUACAACUACAAGAGCGACAACUUGCUGACCCAACCCCGGGCCGCUGGGGUGACAAUGUCCAGCAUCACCUUCCCCAACCCCCACCCUAACACGUUCACGGUCGUGGGGCGGUCAUCACACGGAUACCCUCAGGUAAGCUUGCUUGGCCGACCAGAGGAACAACCCAAAUGGAACCACCCGUACCUGUUCUGCGACACCAAGGACAAGGCCACCAUGUUCACACCUACAGCAGCGCUGGUUAUAGAGUACUACGUGGCUAAUACAGCCAUGACUGAUGAGUUCUGGAAGAUUCGUUCACCUGUUGGUUUCUCCUCUCUGCUGCUGGAUCAGAAGGUGUACAAGCAGCUCAGUCAGGAGAAAGCCAAGAUGGGCAUGCGCGUGGAGGGUGUGCCCAUAAUGGGCUCGGAGCUGCGCAUGUCAGAUGGAAGAGCUCCUCUGAUUGGCAUGGUCUUGAAGCUGAUCACAACUCACCAACCAGACUCCAUGGUGACUAUGAGCAACCUGGAAAACCUCCCGUCCAUGGAGCUACGAGAGGGGCUGAGCACGGCGCCCCACACGGCAGACGUGUUGCAGAUUCGGACACCCUCACCGGAAGUUCAGCCGAAAGAGGGUCCAAGUGAGGAGAAACAGGGAGGGGAGGAGGAGGAGGAGGAAGAGAAUCUGGCGCCAGGGAUGUAUCUGCAGAGAGUGGACAAGAACCGUUUGCCCAUCAAAGACGGGGAACUCCCACCUUUUGAAGCCAUGGAGUACAUCCUCCCUGAGUACCAGUACAUCUUCGUGGACCCUAACCAGAACACUGACCGCUCCACCAAGAGCAAGCCACCGCCCCCUUCCCGUCACGUCCAGCCUCCAGACCGGGGAGCGUACACCACCACAACGGCCGCCACUAGGGACCCCAACGACCUUGACCAAACACAGAUGAACUUGUUGGACUACCAGAUGAGGGACCUGGACAACUACAGGACAGCUGUGCAGAAGAUGGGACAGGAUAUACUAGCACUGAGAACGCAGGUCCGGCAACUCGAGGGAGAGAAUAGCAAAUUGCGCAUUGACGUCAACCAUUAUGACGACAACAGAAAGUUGUUGAUAGACGCGGCAGAUUUGGAUUCGUUGGCACGUCCAGAGCUGCAAGCCAGAUACGCCUCACUGAGACAGAAGCUAGCAGCACAAACAACCGAACUAAAAGAUUACAAAACAAAAGUACAGAAGCUACAAAAUGAACUCAUAAAGAAAAACGACAAGGAAAAAGAUUACCUGAAGAUGUCCCACGCCCACGCUUCCCAACAGGAGCUGCUGCAGAGACUUCAGGAGAAGGUCCAGAAGGUCAGGAAGCUGGAAGAAACCUGCAAGAAGCAGGAGAAGGUCAUCGAGAAGCUGGAGGCUGUCUUGUACAAGAUGAGGGGAAAACCCAACAAAGAUGGUGCUAUGAAUGAGGUGAACGCUGCUCUGGUGGAUGAAAACAAACGGCUCCGAGAGCUGGUUGAUGACAUGAAGGACCAAAUGGCUCGAGCAGGAGCAGGUGGUGGAGAGGACCUUGAAAAACUAGAACUUUACCAAGCGUUGGAGAGAGCAGAGGGUCGAAUUAUGUCCCUUGAAAAACAGCUCCAAGAGAAUGCACGCAGUUGGGGGAAGGAACGGGCUGAUCUCAGCAUUAGGGUCAACGAAGCGGAACACGGCUUUGGUCGCAGUGGUGGGAUGAUACUUCACGAUUACCCGGUCUUGGAUUCCGCCUAUGGAAGAUCUUAUACAGUACCUUCAAGGCUUGGUCCCUUGUUGAGAUAAAAUGCUGUUUAAAAAAAAACACAUUCAUUGCAACUUCCUGUGAUAAUUAAUUACAAAUAAGCACUCACGAUGUACAGUGUUUCUUUCAGACAUGUUUCUUUCUGUUAGAGGGGAGGGGGGAGGGGGCACUUGUUAGUUUUAAAAACAUCCAAGUUUGUACACUAGUUAUAGUGUAUGUUUUU